AUGGUUGAUACUGUUUGUAAACAACUUGAUGACUUAACAUUAGAUUAUCUUCAAACAUUUGGACAUUUAUUAAAUUUAAAAUUAUUGUUAGAACAGUCGAUGAAAAAUGGUUAUUUUUCAAUAUCACGUUCACGCGUCAUUAUGGGUGUUAAUCAACUAUCCUCUCUGCAAUUUCCUGAUACUAUUCAACCUUGUACUUAUAUUGAAUUUAAUGAAGAUGAAAUUGAAAAACAUAUCGACGAAAAACAGAUAAAUACACCAUUAAAAUGGUUUGGUAUAUUAACACCUCAAACUUUGAAACAGGGACAAAAAUAUUUUUUACAAUCAAUUGAUCUAGCUCUUGAGUGCAUUCAUGUACAAACAAAAUUAGAACGUUUAAAGAACAAUAUGCACCGUUUAUCGAAAGAGAAAAUGAUACUUAUAGAAGACAUCAAAGAAAAUAUUGAACCUAAAUCUUUGAUCGAAAGCGUUAAUGAAAUGAAGAUUGAAGAAUGA